AUGGCUGGAAAGCAGAGCAGCGGCGACGGCGCCGUGCGUCCGCGCGUCGACGCGUCCAGCGCGCGCCUGACGUCUCUGCGCACAUCGAGCGAUGCGUCGAGUGCUCCAGCGCGGCGACCCAAGUUCGUGCCCAAGGCCGCCAAGCGCCGUCCGGCCUCCGAGGGACGCGGAGAUGGUGCCGCCACUGCAGCACAGAGCACACGUGAUGCCAAGCCGCACUCGACGGGCGCCGGAGCGCUCAAGCAUGACAACAGAGGACGCGGCAGCCGCGGGGGCAGAGGAGGCCGAGGUGGCGGCCGUGGGCGUGGACGCGGGCGCGGCAUGAUGCCCAGCGGCAAGGUGGCCUUCGUCGGCACGCUGUCGGGCGGCUCGUCGUACAGCGGAGGCAGCAGCACGCCUGCGCCACGCACCGCGCCGUCCACGGACUACUCGGCGGCUGGCGGCACUGGUAUCAGUGUGCUGGACGACGAAGAGAUGCCCGGCAGCAAGAUGCCGGAGAUGGAGGUGGAGGAGGUGUGGCCGCCCGUGGUCAAGUCGGUCAUGGAGCCCAUGAGCCUGCCGAUUGUGCGGCCGCCCGAGCCCGAGAGCGCCGGCGCCGUGUUCUGCGACGCCAGCGGCGACCUGGUGGCGCCCGACGACUCGCUGUUCUUCAUCCAGAUGCCGACGACGCUUCCUUUGGCGAAAGCCACCGCCAAGGCGGCCAGUACGGACGAGGACGAACCCAUGGAGGACGCCGAGGCGUCGAAGGACCAGGCGAAGGAGAGCAAGAAGGCGGACGAGUCUGUAUACGUGUCCGCAGCGGAGAUAGCUGAGGACGACGGUGUGUUUGACCACUCUAUCGAGACGGCGCCGGGCGGCUUCAUCGGCAAGAUCUGCGUUCACAAGUCUGGCAAAAUGGUGCUGAUGCUCGGAGACAAGCAGUUCGAGAUCGCGACGGCUCAGACGCCGUCGUUCUGCGAAGAGGUCUACGUGGUGAACACGACCGAGAAGCACCUGAGCAUCCUGGGCAACGUGGAGCGCCACCUCGUCGUGACCCCGGACUUCGACGCGCUGCUGCGUUAG